GUUUUUGUUUUGCAGUGUUCUUUCUUGCCCAAGUUCUCCAUUCACAUAGAGACGAAAUACGAGGACAACAAAGGCAGCAAUGACAACAUCUUCUCAGACAGUGAAAAUAAAGACCAGGAAAGGGAAGUGUGUUUUGUGGAUAUCGCCUACGACGAGAUCCCUGAGAGAUACUAUAAAGAGUCUGAGGACCUGCGGUACUUCAAGUCAGAGAAGACGUCAAGGGGCAUGCUGCAGGAGGGCUGGAGGGACACCCAGGAGCCCAUCAUGUGCUCCUACAAGCUGGUCACCGUCAAGUUUGAAGUGUGGGGCCUGCAGACGCGCGUAGAGCAGUUUGUACACAAGGUGGUGCGUGACGUGCUGCUCCUGGGCCACAGGCAGGCUUUUGCCUGGGUGGAUGAGUGGAUCGACAUGACGAUGGAUGAGGUGAGAGAGUAUGAGCGCACCAUCCAGGAAGCCACCAACGAGAAGAUUGGGAUUUUCCCCCCGUCGAUCUCCAUCAGCGAGAUGCCCCUGUCCUCCUGCACCCUCUCCGGACCCGCCAGUGCCCCCACCACCCCCCUCUGCACUGAUGCGCCCGAGUUCCUCUCCGUCCCCAAGGACCGAGCCCGCAAGAAGUCCGCCCCUGAGACCCUCACCCUGCCCGACUCCGCUACCCAGAACCAGAGUGGAGUCCCCCAGGGCUCUAUGCUGGUGCCAGUUCCAAAUCAAAAUCACUCCCCCUGGCCCUCCUCUGACUCUGACCAGGCUGAGUUAGGGGGGGAAUAGGAGGGACGGGAUGUUCUUUUCCCCCAUAUGCCCCACCACCUCACUGUCUUAGUAGCCCAGCAAGACUAGCCUCUACGCCCCAGUGCCCAGUCCUCCAGGCCCAACUAACCAUAUCCCAGAGUUCAGUGCUUCUUACACAUAUCACCAGAGGUCAAAGGUCUAACCACCAGUUUCCAAUCUCCUACAUCCUCAACACAAGUCGGUUUUGUCAGCCUUCAAUGGAUGGCUUCCUCUUCCUGAGAUCUAGCCAAUCAGAUGUCUGACCGACUGUGACAACCACCUAAGCUGUCCAUCAAGAGAACAUAUCCACAAGGGUUUUUGUGUCCUGUCCUCAAUUAGCGAUCCCUGUGUUCGUCUUAAAAUACAUUAUUGAUAAAAUGCCAGAUGGAUUCUCUUUUUUUUAUAUAUAUCAGGUCAGCUGAUGAUCCUUAUGUAAUGUAAAUGUAGUUGCCAUAACACCACGAAAUUAGAGAUACAAUGAUAUUAAUAUUGUUUUGUGAACAUCUUUCCAUGGACUUCUCAGCCUACAAAUAUAUCGAAAUAUAAUUUGGACCUUGAAAUAAAUACACUUUUUAAAUUAACAAAAUGGAAGUAGGAGUACUGUAGUAUAGUUAGAUUUUAUAAAUACAUUGACACCACCUUUCACCUGGACAGAGGACAGACCAUUCAAAACUGAACCCAGAUCUGUGUAUGUUCACGUCUCCACUCCACACUCCUACUGAAACAGAUGCAAGAUCAGUACAAUCACAGAAAGAGAUCCCUUCUCAGGUCUCCAGAGCUCUGCCUCAGCCCUCUUUAGGAAGGGCAGGGAACGUAACCAUUCUCUCCUUGCUUUAAAACACCAUUUUUAUACCUGCACAGAUAUAUCUAUAUACUAUAUCUAUACUCACCUGUCUACUUAACUAACCUUUGGAACGUUUACACAACAUUAGAUAAGCCAUGAUAAAAUACAUAUUGGGUAUCAAGUUUGACAUUGAGGAGUGAUGCAGUCCGUUUAAUCAAAUUGGUAUAGCAACAGAACAGAUAUGACGAGGGAAAAGGACAUUUGGGGGAUAUGCUGUAAAUGUAAGUGAACAUUGAGCACAGUGGAGUUGAUAAGAAAUUCCAUGCUUUCGCAGGGCACUCGCUUCAAGCUGGCCUUAUUCUAUGUACUUGGUUAUCUUUGCGUUGUGCGCAUUGUGUUUUUAGGAAUACCGAUAAUGUUGCUUGCCAAUGUUGAUUCUGUACCAGUUUUGGUGGGAUCGGAAAGUUAUUUUGACGCAACAACGUUAGCGGCGGCCAUCUUUUUUCCCCUGCGCUAGCCUCACCACUGUGUCAUCAGAAACUUUUGGAGGGGGGGGAGAGAAACAUUGAAGGUUUCUCUUUAUGUAAUGCCCUAGCUACUGUUUUAUACAAUCACAUAAAUGCAUAAAGGGGUCUCAUAUGCCGCAUGAAAUGUUCACAAACAUGUAUACAUAUGUGAAGUAUAUGUGUAUAUAAAUGGCAGGAUAUAUUGUUGAUGCGAAAUUGUGGAGAAAGCGAAUGUGCCGUUGUCCUAGGCUCUGUAGUGUAACCAUUGUAGCGGCGUUUUAGCAGAGACUGAAACGGAGCAUGUUCUGAGAAGACAACUCUCUACUCAGUGCCUCUGCAUGCAAAAGUCUCUAAUGUCUCGACUGAAUACAAAUCCAAAACAUUUCAAUGAAGAAAAAACAUCCCCUUUUGUUGUGAUGUUAAAGGGCAAUUGCACCACUUUUCAACCUCAUUUUCAUUAUCUCCAGCACAAUACCAGUGUCUGCAUAUGUGAAAAUGGCGCAGUUCUACAUUUUGUAGAAAGAAAUAUAAAGUUACAAAAGUUCUACCCAAUGACAUCAUCAACCAUUUUUUUUUAAACAGAUUUUCAAACACUAUGAGAUUCACGGUGACGUGGAGCAAUAAAAUACCCUCCCUCUGGCUUGAAACUUGUUUCAGGUUUUGAAAAUCACAGUUUUUCAUCCUUUUAAUCCUACCUUGUAAUGUCAUUGAGAAGCAUUUAGAACCUUAUCUUUGCAACCACAGAUCAUAGAAACACACCUUUUCACAUAUCUAGAGACCCGUAUGGUGCUGGAGAUAAUGAAAAUGAGGUUGAAAAGUGGCGGAAUGGCCCUUUUAAGCCUACUAUUCAAUUUAUUGCAAUUUCAAAACAUUGAUUUGAAAUACAGAUUCAUGUUAGUUGCUUUCAUCAUCAAAAUGUAUAAGAUUUUGAGAGAAAUAGCUGAAGUUUGUAGUACCUGUUGACCAUUGUUUUGUCCUGAAGACGUCACAUUACAUUACAUAUGUGGGCAUUUGCACUUUGUGAUGAGAAAGCGAAAUUAGCCGUUAACAAACAUACUGACUGUUAUAUCUCUGUUUUUCGGGUUUUGUUGGACCGAAGUUAUACAAGCCGACUUGUUGGUCAGAUAUAGACCACUCUACACUAUAGACCACUCUACACUAUAGACCACUAUAGACCACACUACACUAUAGACCACUCUACACUAUAGACCACUAUAGACCACUCUACACUAUAGACCACUAUAGACCACUCUACACUAUAGACCACUAUAGACCACUCUACACUAUAGACCACCAUAGACCACUCUACACUAUAGACCACUGUAGACCACUCUACACUAUAGACCACCAUAGACCACUCUACACUAUAGACCACCAUAGACCACUCUACACUAUAGACCACUAUAGACCCCUCUACACUAUAGACCACCAUAGACCACUCUACAGUGUCUAACCCCAAAAUGCCUCAUCUUUACACAAGAUGCUCACUAUCAUUCUAAACUGUACUCGUCUUUGCUGUUCAAUUUCCUGUGGGAUACAUGUGUUAAAUGAUAUUGACUAUCAGGAAUAAAAAAAGUUCCAGGGAUAUGUUUGAGUGCCAGUAAACUAAUGGCUAUAUCAAAACGAACGCAACAUGAAAAUGCAUAACAUCCAGGGUCAGUUAAUUUUCGGAGAGAAGGUCGAGGUUUUAUAAAUAGUCAACUCUUUCACUGUCGGUUGCAUGCUCCACGUAAGUUCAUGAAGCCUUUUUGAGUGAGCUUAUCUGGAGCAUGGAACCGAAAGUGAAUGAGUUUACUAUUUACGGAACCUAGUCCUUCACUCUGGAAAAAUAACCAACCCUUGAGAUUAUACUUGUCAUUUUCCGUUUCGUUUAGAGAGUGCAAAAGUUUGGUUUGAAUCUACAACAUUGAAGGUGCAACGUCCCAUUUGUUAGUUCUCUUUAUCAAGCUGUUGAAAAAUCCACAGUAGAAAAGACCAUUGUAACUACAUACUGUACGUUACAACCCUAUGUGCAAAAUACAUUUCAAUUUUUUAUUUUUGGUUGAAAGGACAUUGAAAAUAGGUAUUUUUCAACAUAUUUUGCUCACUGUGAAAAGAUUUACUUUGAAUUUGCAACCUCCCCAUUGUAGUGUGCAUCAUCGACGCUCUUUGACAUAAUGACACAUGAUCUAUGAAAACAAUAUUUGAAUCCAUCUUUUUUUAAUUUCUAUUGGGGGGGACUGUGUUUACUUUUGAAUCUUUACAAUAUACCUUGACUCGGAGGUUGGUUUUCUGUUAUAAGUUUCACAAGUGCUGUAGUUUGAUUUUGUGGUUUGCUGUAUUUCAAAUGGCAUCUGUUCAUUCUAAGAAAAGGACCAAGCUUUCGUUGUGUCCCUCCUGGUGCGGCUUGCCAGGCUGUCGUGCUGUCUCCCUAGCUCUGGUCCAGGUUGUCACUGCUGCUUCCUGACCCUGAGCCUCUUAAGCAGGACGAGCGUUAGCAAUCCACACUAACACCCUGGACCAGAGCUACUGUCUCCCUAUCUGAAGUGCCAUCCUUGUUCGGCUACUGGAAGUCGCUCUGGGUUCUUCCACUGAUUAUACUUGUUAUAUUUUUACUGCCCUCCUUGAGGUACAUUUUGGUUCUCUGUUGUAAUUAUUGUUUCACUUUUUUCUUAAUUCUUGUAGUAAAUAAAGUUUACUUGCUACUGCA